CUCUGACCGCAUUGGCUUCUCUCGGGAUCUUUCCAGUCCUAGCAACUGGGGAACCAUUGCUAUAGAGAUCGCGCUGAGCUCCUCCAACACAACAGAAGAGCUGGAGUUGCGGUUUGAACAGAGCAUAAUUCCAGGGACUCCAUCUUCAUCUCGUCCACACAGCAGGGGACAACAGGAAGAAGUCCCAACCCAGAGAACUAAGGGUCAAGGACCACAACAUGGAGGCAGGCACUAGAGCCAUUGUGAAGCUCAGAACAAAGUGUCUGGAAAGAGGAGCGGCAGGAAUGAAGGGUCUUGCCAGGCAUCUUCGCAUCCUGGCCGAUGAAAAGAGCCAGUCCUUGGACCUGGAGGGAUUCCUGAAAGGUCUUCAGGAUGCCGGGUACUCUCUGGAGCGGGAGGAAGCCCAGCAGAUUUUCAGCCUCUGCGACAAGGGCCAGAAUGGCACACUGGAUUUCACAGAGUUCCUGGAGGCCCUGCGGCCUCCCAUGUCUGAAGCCCGGAAGGAGGUCAUCAGCAAGGCAUUCCAGAAACUGGACAAGACCGGCGAUGGCUUGGUGACCACUGAGGACCUCCAGGGGGUCUACCAAGGCCAGGCCCACCCCAAGUUCAAGAGCGGGGAGUGGACAGAGGAGCAGGUCUUUCGCUCCUUCCUGGACAGCUUUGACUCUGACAAGGACGGGAAGGUCACAGCUGAAGAGUUCCUGAACUAUUACAGUGGCAUCAGUGCCUCCAUUGAGAGUGACGAGUACUUUGUGGACAUGCUGAAGGCAGCCUGGAAGCUCUAGGCGGGGAGAAGCGGCAACCGACCUGCCUCCUCCCAUGGCACCGGAGGCUUGCCUUAGAGGCAGAGGGCUAUUGGGGGGGGGGAAUGUAUCAAUACCCUCGCUUUUCUCCA